UAUUAUUUUGAAAAAAAUGUCAUUUAAUAUUAAUUAAUAGUAUCUUUAUAUAUUUAUCAACCAUCUUUAUAUACUUUUACAUACACAUACAUAUGCACAUUGACUUGAACAACUUAUAGCUAAGUAUUACCAAAACUGAAAUAUCUAAUUUUUUUUGAAGUUAAAAUAUUCUUUUUAUUAAUGUUUCUUUCACUAUCAACCAAAUUUUAGCAAAAUGAUUUGUCUUAAUAAUUUUCUUUUCUUUUUUAACUAUUAUCCGUUUAGAAACUAUAAUAUGAAACGAUUGGUUCGACAUCACAACUAUCUAAGAUUCAUAACAUGAAAACAAACAAAUAAUAGUAAUUUUUAAUUAUCAGAAGAAAAAAAAAACAUCAAACAUUUUAACCGAACAAAUCAAAUAAAUAUUGAUUUAAAAUGAUAGUUAUAUUUUAGGAGAUUAAAAACCAAAAAACAACCUAAAACCGAACUGAUAUCCAGAUUAAACAGAUUAAUGUCUCCUUAUUAAAAAAUAACGAAACGAAUAAUCACAUUCCACGCAAGGCGCGGAUUAUUAUCUAGUUUACUUACAAAAAAUAAAAGCAAACACCGUUCGGGAGCGCCGAGCGGGUGCUCUAGUUUACUCAUUAAAUAAUGUGACACUUCUAAUGAAAAUGGGAGAAAACUCAAAAUCAUUUGGACAAUAAUAGUUUAUAAAGAACAUAUACGAGAACUUUUUUAAUUUGCAGGUUCACAAAGUUGAACAAAACACAGCAAAUUGAGCUAAAGGUUUUUUCCCUCAUUUCCCUCAAAAUUGGCACUGAUGAUUUCUACUAACAUUGCUUAAAUUCUGAAAUGACAGAAAAAAAAAACAAAAGUGAUGUAUACAAAUUGAUGAAUGAUUGCUUAUACAAGAAACAAAACAAAUUUGUUAGAAAUUUGAGAAAGAGAUUACACACCACUAACUUAUGAUGUUUUUUUUUUGCUUUAACGACUCCCAUACUCUAUAUAAUAAGGAUCACAGAACUCAUACAAGCAAGAUCAAAGAUGUUGGCUGUCUGAAAAAAAAAACUCGUCUCUUUCUCUAGAACUCCGCUCUUUUAUGUCUCAACCACCACCAGUAUGUGUUGACCUCUUGCAACAUAUACAAAUCAUACCACAAGGGCCCGUCGUGUAUGUAUUUUUGAGACAUAUGCUUCAACAUAUACGGUCUGUUUUGAUUUCUUGGGUUUUGGUCCGUUAGAAGAAAGGAGGGUCGGGUGGUUCUCAUAUCUGUGUGUCGGCGCCUAUUUGGAGAAGGAAGUGAGAUUGGGUGCCAAUUUUGUUCGUUUUAGAUAAGAAAUCAUCAGUGCCAAUUUUGUGCCAAUGAUGUCAGAACAAAAUUGGGUGCCAAUGAUGUCAGAACAAAAUUGGGUGCCAAUGAUGUCAGAACAAAAUUGGGUGCCAAUGAUGUCAGAUUUUCCUCCAGAUUUGGUGGAGGAAAUACUCUCUAGGGUUCCAGCCACUUCUCUAAAACGACUACGAUCAAGUUGUAAACGAUGGAACAGUUUAUUCAAAGACCACAGAUUCGCAGAGAAACACUUUCAUAAAGCUCCAAGGGAGUCUCAUCUUAUCAUGCUGAAUGAGUUUAUGUUUUGUCCAAUGAACGUCAAUCUCAACGUUUUUCCUCCCUCAGUAGAGUUUAAAGAUGAAGUUAGUCUAAAGGAUUUCCAUUCUAACGAGUCAGAAGAAGUCUAUAUAUCUGAUUGUUUUUACUGCGACGGGUUGUUGUUAUGCACCGAUACUUACGAUAGACUCGUGGUUUGGAAUCCGUGUUUAGGGGAAACCAGGUGGAUCCAAUGUGAACAUGGUUAUGUGAGAUACUCUGUGUUUGCUCUAGGAUACGCAAACACCACAUCUGGCCGUAGCUACAAAAUCAUUAUGUGUUAUCGAACAGUUGUUAAAAUCUAUGAGUUUGGCUCUGGUUCGUGGAAGGUUCUUGAUGACGUUACUCUUGACCAAGUACCAAAUGGUUGCGUGUCUAUCAAGGGAAAUACUUACUGGACCAAUUCAUAUAUAAAAGAUGACUUCUUAUUCUGUUUUGAUUUUACAAAAGAGAGAGAGUUAAACGCCUGACUCUUCCCCAAUUAUCUCAGUAUUGCGGCGGGAAUGUUCUAUCAGUUGUUGGAGAAGAAAAACUUGCAGUCUUACUUCUAAGCAAUCUUACAGAAAGUAUGGACAUAUGGGUGACAAAUAAAAU